AUGUCCGAACACUCGUCUCCGGCACCGACCCGGGACCCCGAGCGGCCCAGCUCCGGCGGCGACGACGACCCGUCGAGCUCGGGCGCCGAGGACAACACGAACCAGCUGGCGCGCCAGGGCGAGAAGAAGAAGAAGAAGAAGCAGCAGCAGACGACGACGAUGGCGGCGCCGCGCAAGAAGCGCUCUGCCAAGAGCAAGUCGUCGGGCCUGCCGCUGGACCAGCUGCCCGUCGAGGGCUUGGCCGACAACGCCGUCGGCAGCGUCAGCAACACGCUCGGCUCCGUCGCCAACAACACCGUCAGCAACCAGCAGCAAGGUGGUGGUGGCGGCGGCGGCGGCGGCGGGAAAAGCGACACGCUGCGGCUGCGGCUCGACCUCAACCUCGACAUCGAGAUUACCCUCAAGGCCAGGAUCCACGGCGACCUGGAGCUGGCACUGCUCACCGGAUAG